AUGGCGAUUGAUGUCGUCGAUCAGGUUCUUGAGCUGCUCCCAGAUGAGACUAUUUAUGUGUACCACGAGAUUGUGCACAAUCGUCAUGUGGUCGAACGGUUUGUCAGCCGUGGUGUCCGAUUCGUUGAAUCGCUCGACGAUGUUCCAGAGGGAAGCAUUGUUGUUUUCAGUGCCCAUGGGAUUCCCCCAAUACUGCGCGAACAAGCAAAGCAGCGGAAUCUGACGGCGAUCGAUGCGACCUGUCCGCUUGUGACCAAGGUGCACUCACGAGCCGUGCGUUAUGCGAGACAGGGAUACCAGAUCCUGCUCAUCGGUCACAAGAACCAUCAAGAAGUCAUCGGGACAAUGGGAGAAGCACCUGGUCAAACACAGGUUGUCGAAUCUCCGGAAUGCAUCGAGCAUCUGAAGAUUGAAGAUCCCAACAAACUCGUGUAUCUCACACAAACCACUCUCUCGACGGACGACGCGAAAGUGAUCAUCGAUUCGUUGGUCAGCGCCUUCCCGAACAUCAAAGCGCCUCCGACUGAAGACAUCUGCUACGCAACGACCAAUCGUCAGCAAGCGGUGCGUUUGGUUGCUCCUCAGUGCGAUCUUGUGAUCGUGGUUGGUUCGAAGAACUCGUCGAACUCGGUUCGGCUCACAGAGAUUGCCCAAACCAUGGGGACUUGCAGCGUGCUGAUUGAUGAUGCAUCGGAACUCAACCCCGCGUGGUAUCCAACAGGGGAUGAGACCAUCAUGCUCACGGCUGGCGCGAGUGCUCCAGAAGAUCUCGUCUCUGAAAUCUGCAAGCACUUUGUUGAACAACACAACGCGACGCUGCAUGUCGCGGAUAUCACUGAGGAAUCUGUAGAGUUCGGGUUGCCACUCACGCUCAAACGCUUGAUGGAAGAGCACGGCAUCGAUCACAAAGAUCGACGCAUCACUGUGGAAGCCCCCACCAUCACCGCUGGAGAAUACGGCGAUACGCCUGUCCCGCUCACGAUCUCAGGCGCUGAUGCAUGA